AUGUCGGGUGAGCGCAAGCGGGCCAUUCGCCAGCUCCAGCGCCAAGUCUAUGACCUCGAGUGCACGCUGCGAGCAGCGCGGCGUGGCCAAACGACACAGCUGCCGUGGGAAGACGUGGCGGUCGCGCUCAAAAACGAUUUCUUGGCGCUGGUUGCCGACCACCGGGCGCUCAAGCAGCGCGUCGACGACCAGCGCCAGCUCCUCGCGCAAAUGCACACAUGGGUCCACCGCAACCUCCGCGCGGCGUCCGACAACCCGCAUGGCGCGACGUAUCUGCUUCGCGGCACCACGGCGUCACGCGAGAUGGCGCUGGCGUGGCUCAUUCGCCAGCAGUACGAGCACACGAUGGCCGUCAUGGGCACGCACGUCUACCCGCUCGACCCGACGGCCGAGCUUGUCGACAUUGGCUAUUCGCUUGGCGACACCGACGACCCGAAUGCAUUUGCAGUCCAUGUCACGACACAGUCGCUGCUGCCGUAUGCGCUGCCGAUUGCGACCGCCGGAGUCUGGGAGGCCGAGCGAUCGUUUCCUGCCGUCUAUUGCGCCGCCGACACCAACCGCCAGCAUGUCACGCGCGACCUCUGCGUCCGCGGGCAAGACGUCGCCUACACGCACGAGGCAAUGGCGCUGUCGCGGGAGUCCGUCGUCGCCGACACGGUGCUCUUGGGGCGCCUGAAUGUGAGCGCGACCCGGACCAUCCUCGUGCUGCGAACCAUCGGGCACGACGACGCGCACCCAAUUGCACCGCGCACGUGGCGCUGUCCCGUGUUCCAAUGGACCGUCCUGGAUGCGAUCGAUGCGACGACCACGCGGUGCCGAACGUACUACUUUGCCGACUCGCCAUGGCGCGGCGCGACGCGGAUGCCCCUCCAGCAGCUCGGCGCGCGCUUCAACAUCGAUUUGCGCCAACCUGACGGGCUCCACCGCCUCCGCGACACGAAUCGCAGGUACCAGCUCAGCCAGCGAGCGUUUUUUCGAGCGCACUUGGAUGGGAUUCUGCGCCGGCUCGCCACGACACCCCACGCUCCCUAA